UUUGUCCUACGCCACCGACGCGUCUCGACACGAUACGUCAGCUGGGGACGAGCUGUCGGGCGCGCACGCGGUCGUCAUGGGACAAGCCCCCCGUCGGCCUCAGCCACACGCCCCUUUCCAUCAUUCCCCCGAUAAAUAAGUGAUUCCCCGCCCCAUAUUUUCCCUUCCCACUUUCCCGCCGCAUUCGACCCGCAUCUUAUCCCCCUUUCCCACUGACAAUCACCAUGGCAGGAACGAAACGCGCUGCGGAGGGCGAAGCAACGGGACCCACAACCCGCUCCGCGAAGGCGCCAAAGACCGAACACACGCACUCGAGGUCGCGCAAAGGCGGAAAGAAAGGGCCCAAGGUAAACAUCGCUGCGUCCGAGUUCAAAGCGCGCGCGGCGCCCCUGCAUGUCAAUUUUACGCACACACCACCCGUCCUCCCCGAUGCUCAGGGCAAAGAAGGCGUAUUUGAUCCCUCCACUGAUGCAGGCUAUAUCGGCACAGCAACCCUCCUUCCUUCCACAUUUGCCACUGGCAGCUACGGCUGGAAGGGAAGCAAGCGCUUUACCGUCGAGCUGCAGAACAGCGAGGGCGAGGAGAAAGAGAAGGUCCAUGUCAUGGUCACGAUAAACGCCACUGUAAUGGGAAGCAAGGGAGCGAAGGAAGAGGGUGGCGAAGAGGUCGCGGAGGAACACGUAGAAGGUCAGUCGGCAGAGGAACAUGCCGAGGAGAAGGCCGAGAACGGGACGGAAGCCAAGGAAGAAGCCGUGCACAAAGAAGAGGCCAUCCAGAAAGCAGAGACCGAGCAAGUCGAGGCAGAUAUCACCGAAGCGACGGAGGAACACAAGGAACCAAUCGUCGAGCCAGAGGCGGCAGCGGCGGCGGCAUAA